AUGCCGGUGACAGGGGCUGUCUAUAAAUACGGACCUUCCACUCCAAACCAUCGUCGUCAGACCUCAGAAACGAUGCCAGGCGGCCUGCGCAACCCACUAAGCCUCUCGCAGAUGGUGGAGAAGAUUGGAAGUGCGGUGCACGACGCCAAGGACGGCGCGCACAACAAGAAGGAAAGCCUGCAGAAGAAGAUGGCGGAACAUGGGCUUAUGGUGCCCUAUGUCGACUUGCAGAUCCAGUUCAUCGGUGCCUCGGGCCUUCCCAAGAUGGAUGUGGUUGGGACGGCUGAUCCGUACUUCAUCGCAAACCUCGAUGAUAAAAUUACAUUUGUGUCUACAGUCAAACAGAAUAUCCUUUCGCCAGUGUGGAACGAGGUAUGGCGGGUGAAAAAUGUUCCUGCGAUUGCCGACCUGGAGAUCAAAGUAAUGGAUAAGGAUGAGGGGUCGAUGACCGAUGGAUACAUUGGAAAGGCGAAGACGAGCGUCAACGCGGGAGCAAGGGAGCUCGAGAUUACAGGGCCUCUGCUCAGACGCUCGAGGGGGACUAUUUGGGUAAAGAUUGAAAGCACGCCGUCAUCCGACGAACAACCUUUCCAAUAUCCUUAUCUUUUUGAUGGUCCCAUUCGAUUCUCUCGCCAUUACUCGCCCACCGUCGGUAAACUUACGAAUCUCGAAGGCGAUGCGCGCCUAUACUCCACGUGGAAGAUGUAUCUCAAAGGCAUUCCUCUCUUUUUUGGGGAUGUCUAUCAACCGUGGAAUAAAAGCUACAAAGCUGCUCAGAGUAUCUUCCAAGGGCCUACGAGUGUUGCCGUGCGCAGCGGGAUCCAAGCCGGUCACCGUAUGCUCUACGCUCGCACCGCCAGCAACGGUUUCGGUGUGAUAGAAUCCGCCGCCGACGUGUUACAACUCUUACACGGAGGCGCGAGCCGGCCGGGGAGCAACGCGCCAGCACAUCCGUCUCGUGUCAAACCCGCUGUGUACACAUACAUUAUCUCCUCCGAGGACGACUCUUUCCGUUUUUCCGAGACAGGCGCAGCUUUCUUCGUCGACUUUGCAAGCAAACACGCACUGCAUUCUAACUGCGCGGAGAAGGUGCGGUAUAGUGGCGAGUUCCACCCACGCCCACAAGGUGGGUGGGCGUGCUUCUCGGAUGAUGUACCAGACGACCAAGUACACUGGGAGCUGGUGAUCGACAACAACUCGGGUACCUAUGCGCCGGACAAGACGAUGCUGCCUGCACUACAGAAGCUGCUGGAAUAUAACUUUCCUGGGUUUGGGAUUUUUGCACUGGAUCAUGGGGAUGAGGAGCUGAAGAAAAGCAGGGAGGCGUGUAGGGACUAUGCUCUCAGGUUUCGCGGUGUGCGCCAGGAGGAGCUGCAGCCGCAUGCGCAGCAGGGGGAAGAAACUCUCAGCCAUCAUGCAUCGGUUUGUCUAAGCCACGCAGAGAAGACUGUAGAGCAUGCCUUUGGUGGGAAGUCUUAA